ACCUGGCGAGGUGUCGCGGGGACGCAAAAACUCCCCGGAGCCGCAGUCGCCGCGGGGCGGCCUGGAAAAGUCAGCAGCGCGGUGGCGGGAACCGCAGCCCGGCGGCCUUGGAACCUCGCAGGUCAGAGGAGCUGCGGGACUGGGACCCAGGAAAGAAGGGACCUGGGGUUCGAGCUGUUUGCUGCUGAUUUAGGAAGCUGUCUCUCACAAAAAUUUGCCCUCGAUUUAUCUUUUUGACACCCAUGAAUACAAGUGCAAGAAGAGGAAAAAUGGCUGGUUCUUCAGUAAAUACAUCCCAGGGUCUGUUGACAUUCCGGGAUGUGACUGUGGACAUCUCCCAGGAGGAGUGGGAAUGCCUGAACUCUGCUCAGAGAACUUUGUACAUUGAUGUGAUGCUGGAGAAUUACAGCAACCUGAUCUCUGUGGGUAUUAUUGUGUGCAAGGCAGACCUGGUCCCAUGUCUGGAGCAAAUCCAAGUGCCCUGGAAUGUGAAGAGAGAGGAGAUGGUGGCCGACCCAGGUGGGGAGAAUCAACGGAUGUUGAAUGAAUCAGAGGAGGUCUCGGAUGAAGACUCAAAGUUUACUAUCGAUGAGCGUGUGGCAGUUCAACAGAAGUCACGUAAAUGUAAUGAGCUUGGCAAAAUGCUUCAUGAAUCCUCCAAAUGGACACUAUGCAAAACAAAUAAUACUGCAGAAAACUGCUACAAAGACAGAUGGAUACAAAACCACAGGGAUGAUUGUAUUGAAUCAAUCAACUUCAGUAGCUAUAAACACAUGCACACUGGAGAAGAACCCUGCAAAUAUAAAGAUGUUGACAAAUCUUUAAGUUUAUUUUCAAACAUAAGUCAGAGUCAUGGAAUCUACAUAGGGAAGAAAGAGUAUAAAUAUAACGAAUAUGAUAAAUAUUUUGGCUUUACCCCAAAACUUGUACAGCUAAGACUCCAUAAUGGAGAAAAAUCACACCAAUUCAGGAAAUGUGAAAAAUCCUUGAGGACCUACUCAAGCCUCGGUACACAUCAGAGAGCUCUUACUGGAGAGAAACUAUGGAAAUGCACAGAGUGUGACAAGUCCUUUAAGCGUUUGUCCGACCUUAAAAUCCAUUACAGAAUCCAUCCCGGAGAGAAACCUUUCAAAUGUAAGAAAUGUGACAAAUCUUUCACCUACUGCUCAUCGCUUAGAGAACAUCAGAACAUCCAUGAGGGCAAACUUUACAGAUGUUGGGACUGUGGCAAAUCCUUCACCCGGUGUUCAUCUCUUAGAGCCCAUGAGAAAAUUCACACUGGAGAAAAACCUUUCAAAUGUAAGGAAUGUAAUAAGUCCUUUUAUAUGCUGUCCCAACUUAGAAAACAUGAGAGAACCCAUACUGGAGAGAAACCUUACAAAUGUAAGGAAUGUGACAAGUCCUUUACCUACUGCUCUUCUCUUAGAGAACAUCAGAACAUGCAUGCUGGAAAAUUUUAUAAAUGUCAGAAAUGCGACAAAACCUUUACCCGGUGCUCAUCUCUUAGGGCACAUGAGAAAAUUCAUACUGGAGAAAAACCUUACAAAUGUAAGCAGUGUGGUAAGUCCUUUUAUAUAUUGUCCCAACUUCGAAAACAUGACAGAACCCACACUGGAGAGAAACCUUACAAAUGUAAGGAAUGUGGCAAAUCCUUUACCCAGUGUUCAACCCUUAGGAUACAUCAGAAAAUUCAUGCUGGAGAGAAACCCUACAAAUGUAAAGAGUGUGGUAAGUGCUUUUAUAAGUUAUCAUAUCUUAAAGUCCAUUACAGGACCCAUACUGGAGAGAAGCCUUACCAAUGUAAAGAAUGUGGUAAGGGCUUUUCUCAGUUGUCCUGUCUUAAAAGCCAUGGCAGAAUUCACACUGGAGAGAAACCUUACAAAUGUAGUGAAUGUGGCCGAUCCUUUACACAUCACUCAACCUGUAGGAGACAUCAGAGUACUCAUGCUGCAAAACUUUAUCAGUGCGAGGAGUGCGACAAAUCCUUUGCCAAACCUUCAUCUCUCAGAACACAUCAGAAAAUCCAUGCCGGAGAGAAACCUCAUGAUUGUAAAGAAUGUGGUAAGGCCUUCUAUCAACUGUCACACCUGAAAGUCCAUUACCGAAUCCACACUGGAGAGAAACCUUACAAAUGUAAUGAAUGUGACAAAUGCUUUACCAAAUGUUCAUCUCUCAGAACACAUCAGAAAAUCCAUGCAGGAGAGAAACCUCAUGGUUGUAAGGAAUGUGGUAAGGCCUUCUAUCAUUUAUCACACCUUAACAUCCAUUACAGAAUUCAUACAGGAGAGAAACCUUACAAGUGUAGUGAAUGUGACAAAUCCUUUACCACACUGGCAAACCUUAGAAGACAUCAGAAGAUGCACACUGGGGAGAAAACUUUCUAUAGUAAAUAAUGUGGCAUAUACUUUUUCUAGAGCUGUCUGUAUGGACCACUGCAAUCUCUACAUCAUAGAAUCAUUAUGAACAUGGGAAACUUGUGAAAGCCUUUAAGGAAUUUUUAAAAAAAAAAAAAACAUCAAGAAUUUAUAGUGAAGAAAAAUUCUAAGAUCAUAAGUUAGUGUAUUACAAAGAAGAAAACUAAGCAUACACAAAAUUCUCAUGUAUUUCAGUGGAAUAUAAUUUUUUGAUUUAAUAGGGAAAUGUGCUUUGGAAACAUUUUUGUAUUGUAAGUAUUGAAAUUGGUUGACAUGAGUACAGUACAGUUGGUUAGGUUACAUUGAAAAGCAUCCUUAUUAGCAAACGGUUUUAUGAUAAUUUGUAUCAUUUGUUUUUACAUCAGAGCUGAUGAACCCAAGUAAAGUGUCAGGGAAGUUAGGUAGAUAGGAAAUGUUGGGCCCUGAAGCCCCACCAAGGCAGAGGUCACUCCAAGAGACACUCUCAGCACGGUUGAUGCAAUAGCAAGAGGAAUUUUUAUUCUGCCACGGCAGAGGUCCCUCAGCCUCAAGUGGAGAAGGACCCCUGCUUUUCUAUUACAAGCUCUUUUAAAGGAAAAACCACAAAAUCAGGGAGGGAGUAGUACAGAAUCAAAGGGGAAGUCCAGAAAUCAUUUGUCAACUAUUUUGACUAGUUCAUUCAACGGUCAGCUAACUCUACUUGAUCAAUGUUAUGGCGAUUACAAAGAGGAACACCUGCAGGUCGUCUCACCCCAGUUCCAGAGUCCGGGUCUAUUGAAGAAAGACUACAAUGGGGAUGGAAAGUACUCAAAGCUCCAGUGCAUGCGUGGUUGGUUACCAGGGUCCUGGUUCCGAGGAAGGGGGGUGCAGUAAUGCUAAGGUGCCCCAAAGUCAGAACUAGCCACUAGUUUUGUUUGUUUUUUUUUUUUAAAGACAGGGUUUCUUUGUGUAGCUUUGGAACCUAUCCUGGAACUCACUCUGCAGACCAGGCUAGCCUCAAACUCACAAGGAUCCUCCUGCCUUUUCCUCCAAAGUGCUGGGAUUCAAGGCGUGUGCCACCACCGCCCAGCUCUGGACAGACGACUUAUGCCAAUUUCAGAUGCUCUGUGGGUCAGACACAGAUACCUGCACAGUUCAAAGCCCUUUGUUUGUUGACCUUUCAGUAACUAUGCUAGUUUAUGAUAGUUCCAGUGCCAAGAAUUUGGACUAUUUUGUGCUUAUGAAGACAACUUAUUUGACUUCCUGUUCAUGCUGAAUCAUUUUCAAACAAAUUCUUCCACUGGCUAGUAGUGGCACAUGCCUUUAUCCCAGCACUUGGGAUACAGAGUCAGGCAAGUCUCUUGAGUUCAAGGGCAGCCUAGUCUACAGAGUGAGUUCCAGGACAGCCAAGGCUACAUACAGAGAGAAACCCUUGCCUCAAAAAACAAAACACAUACCCAUACUCACCAGUUCUUCUUACUUGAACAGAAUCCUGUCAUGGAAACCCUCCCCUUCUAGAAGUUAUUUUUUUUUACUUGUAAUAAAUAUUGAAGUACUCA